UCGUGCGCGCGCCUGUGCCGGCCGGGGGAGGGGCUGGCCAUGCACGCGCGCACAAGGCACGCAGCAACACAAAACUUCCAAGGCGCGCGGCCUCCCCUUCCUCCGCUCUCUAGCAGUCGCGAGGCGGAACCGCGGAAGGCAGGCCGGCCGGUGUGUCCUGCCCUGCCUGCCUUGCGCGCCCGGCCUCACGACCCAUCAUCCCGUCGUCCGUCGAGCUAGCUCCGGCGGGCAGCAGCCCAUGCACGCGCCCAGCUGCUACGUCGUCUCGAUCUCGACCUGCUGCUCUCGCCUCGAUCGCCUGCUCCUCCCGGCCCGGCCGCGCGCGCGCGUCCACAUGCGCGCCCGUCGUGAGCGGGCGCGCGCGUGCACGGUUUCUCUUCGCAUGACCCUGUGAUGGUCGGUGGGUUCCUGCGGCGCGGCCACAGCCUCGACAGGUUCCUGUCGAGGAGGAGGAGGCGGCGGGCCGUCUCGUCCAGCCCCUCGUUCUCGUUCUCGUCGUCGUCGUCCUCGUCCUCCUCCUCCUCCUCCUCCUCCUCGCCGUCGUCUCCGCGUGGCAGCAGCGUCAGGAGCAGCGGGACGAUGGCGGACGACGACGACGACGCGCCGCCGCCGCCGCCGCUGCUGCAGAAACGGGUGCUGUCCAGGAGCCACGGCUCGCGCGCCGCCACUCCCGGCCGGUCCGGCCAGGACCUGCCGCCGGUGCCAUCGAGAACCGUCCGCGACAGUGGACCGCCUUCAGAGUUGGAUAUGAUGAAGGAGAAAUUCGCCAAGCUGCUGCUUGGGGAGGACAUGUCCGGCACGGGCAAAGGGGUGUCCUCCGCUCUCGCGCUCUCCAAUGCCAUCACGAACCUCGCAGCCUCCGUGUUCGGGGAGCAGCGCCGCCUGGAGCCCAUGUCCGCGGAGCGGAGAGCGCGAUGGAACAGGGAGAUCGACUGGCUCCUCUCCGUCGCCGACCACAUCGUCGAGUUCGCCCCCUCGCAACAGGUAUCCGAGGAUGGAACAAACUUCGAGGUGAUGGGCACUCAGCAGCGCGGGGAUCUCCUUGUCAACAUCCCGGCCUUGCGAAAACUCGACGCCAUGCUCCUCGAGUAUCUUGACAGUUUCGGCGAGGCCCAGGAGUUCUGGUACGUGGCGAAAGACGCGGACGGUGGCGAGGACGACGACGACACGUGCACGUGCGACAAAUGGUGGAUCCCGACGGUGAGGGUCCCCGCCGAGGGCCUGUCGGAGGCGUCCAGGAAGUGGCUUCAGCACCAGAAGGACCUUGUAGGGCAAGUGCUCAAGGCGGCCAUGGCCAUCAACGCCGAUGUCCUCGGAGAGAUGGAGAUCCCCGAAGAGUACAUGGAGUCCCUGCCAAAGACUACUAGUCUCCUCGUCGUUGAAAAUUUGCAGAAUGGAAGGUCCAUUCUCGGAGACUCGAUAUACAAGAUCAUAACCGACGACAUCUUCGACCCCAACGAGCUCCUGCAGUCGGUAGACCUGUCGACAGAGCACAAGAUCGUGGAUCUCAAGGACCGGAUCGAGGCCUCCGUCGUCAUCUGGCACAGGAAGAUCUGUCACAAGCUAUCGUGGGCCCCCGCUGGCGUCAGCUUGGAGAAGCGAGAGGAGUUCGAGGAGCGGGCACAGACCGCCCUGCUCAUCCUCAAGCACAGGUUCCCCGGCAUCCCUCAGUCGUCGCUCGACAUCAGCAAGAUCCAGUACAACACGGAUGUUGGGUAUGCCCUCUUGGAGAGCUACUCCAGGACACUGGAGAGCCUAGCUUUCGCGGUUUUGUCUCGGAUCGAAGACGUUCUCCACGCCGACGCCGUCGCCUGCGAUCCCAACAAGCGGACCAAGUCUAGGAGACGGCCUAGUCUAGAGUUUCCGGUUCCUGAUGCCGCCGCCGCCGCCGCCGAAGCGGAAGCCGAAGCCGAGACAGCGGCGGCGCAUCACAGCAGUUGCGUGCAUUGGCAAGAAGAGGACGGCGAGAAGCAUCCGGGGGCCGCCCCGGAUGGUAACAACGGUAGAAAGCUGAGGAAGAUUCACAGGGUGGUGACGAAGAAGUUCCUUCACACACAGCAGAUCGACAGUGUGACGAGUGGGUUUAAGAGCUUCACACACAGAUAGCAGCGCUGCUGUACGUGAGCGAGGCUUGAGAUGACCAGUUUUGCGUGCAUGGACGGUGCCCAUGCUAUUCGGAAACGGACAUGUAAAUAGUUCAAGUUUAUAUAAAUACAAAAAUAGGACCACGGGAUGUGGGGCUUGGCCGAGGGAUCACA